AAUUUGAAUUUGUACUAAAUUUAUUCGGCAAAAUUGGCAUCAUCUGUUACACGACCUUUUUUAGUUGAAGUCCGUACUGAAGAUUUCACCAUGGGUCGAGUGAUCCGUGGACAGCGUAAGGGAGCGGGAAGCGUCUUCAGAUCGCACAACAAGCACAGGAAGGGAGCCCCCAGACUCCGAUCCAUCGACUACGCAGAGCGUCAUGGAUACCUCAAGGGCAUCGUCAAGGAAAUCAUCCACGACCCCGGACGUGGUGCUCCCCUUGCCAGGAUCCAGUUCCGUGACCCCUACAGGUACAAGAAGCGUACUGAACUCAUGAUCGCACCAGAGGGCAUGUACACCGGACAGUUCAUCUACUGCGGCAAACGAGCCACCCUGAACAUUGGCAACGUGCUUCCCCUCGGCUCCAUGCCCGAAGGAACCGUCAUCUGCUCUGUGGAGGAGAAGGCAGGAGACAGGGGCAAGCUGGCUCGCUGCUCUGGCAACUACGCCACUGUGGUCUCCCACAACCCUGAUACCAAGAAGUCCCGUAUCAAGCUUCCUUCCGGCUCCAAGAAGGUCGUGCCCUCAGCCAACAGGGCCAUGGUCGGAGUUGUUGCUGGUGGCGGACGUAUCGACAAGCCCCUCCUGAAGGCUGGACGUGCCUACUUCAAGUACAAGGUCAAACGCAACUGCUGGCCCCGAGUGCGUGGUGUUGCUAUGAACCCCGUUGACCAUCCCCAUGGUGGUGGUAACCAUCAACAUAUUGGUACCCCCUCUACAGUCAGGAGGGACACCUCUGCUGGUCGCAAGGUCGGUCUGAUCGCUGCCCGUCGUACCGGACGUCUGCGUGGAACCAAGAAGGUCAAGGACUCCAAGGAAUAACCUGUAAAUUAAGACGAUAUGACAAAAUAGUCAAUAAAAUGCCCCCAAAAAUCAA